AUGUCUCUCAGUCCGCGGAUGUCGCGGGCCUUUCUGGCUAGCAGUCGGCGUGUGGGCGCGUCUCCCCUGACGUGCGCGAUGUCGAGUAUUGUCAAUCCAUCAAUUGCCCAUAGGUCGUUGCACGCCGCCGCACCAAGAUGCGCCGUGCCCGCGACCAAGCCCACCAACCCGGAUCCCAGGGAAAAUCCCGCCCAUGAGCUCGCUCCCGCGAAGGAUGAGAAUGUCGGCCGGAAGCGCUUUGCGGACUUUGAGCUGAAAGUGUACUGUCUCGAUCGGGCGAAGGAACCAAGCGGGUAUUGGGCAGAGGCUGAGAGGCGCGUCGUCCCGGAAUGUGGAGGCUGCCUGCGCUACCGGCAACAGGACGUGCAGGACGUGGCUCAUCUUGACCAGGUCAUCACCGAGAUCGCGGAUGAGAACCAGCGCCUGGAUGGUGUGGUGGCCGCGGCGGGCAUCCAGCAGGUCACGCCGGCCGUUGUGUACAACGAGGCGGACGCGACGAGAAUGCUGUCGGUCAACUACGUCGGUGUAUUAAUGGCAGCUACGGCAGCGUCCCGGCAGAUGAUGAAGUACAAGUGCCACGGCAGCAUCUGCCUGAUCGCGAUGGAUGGUGGCCAUAUGUCAUGGUAG